AGAGGAGCAGAGGAGAUCUCUUCUCUCGAGAAGACAGAGAGGAGAAAUGCUUGCAAGCUGUUGGGCAUUUUGAUGUUGGGUACAGCCCCCUGGAUGCUCUCAGAACAGGUUGUACUCUAAAGGGAUUAUGCCCGCUGUCCCACAAUGCUGCUACCCUCAGGUUGGCUUCUUCGGCACUCUGUGGUCAUGUGGUUGCUGUUUCACAGCUUAGUGCUGAUGACACUGUGUUUCCACCAUGCUGCGACUUCCUGCUCCAAAAGCUGCUACUGUUCAGACAGCGAGGGCUCAUUUGGUGGUAAGACUAUGCGCUGCAGCAACCUGCAUCUUACUGAGAUCCCUCAGGACAUUCCCAAUGACACACGACGCCUCUACUUGGACUACAACCUCCUGACCAGCAUCCCUGCCAGCGCCUUUCAUGAUCUUCCACUGCUAACUGAACUGGAUCUUUCCCAUAACGAACUAGCUUUGCUUGAACCUGGAGCCUUUAGAGGCUUGGCAGUCUCUCUACAAUUUCUGGACCUCUCGUCCAACCAGCUCACGACACUGGACCCAGAUGCAUUUGAAGGUGUUACAGCAAGAUCCAACCUCACUGGAAACCCCUGGCACUGUGACUGCAGGCUGCAGACAGCCCUUCCACGCCUAGACCUAGAGCCUGUGUCUUUGACUGGCAUUAUCUGUGAGACAUCUGAACCCUCAGACUCUGGAGCCCAAGGCGUGCCUUUCCUGCUGGCCAAAGACCUGGACCUGUGUGUGGUGCUCAAAAAGACCACGGAUGUGGCCAUGUUGGUGACCAUGUUUGGGUGGUUCACCAUGGUCAUCUCCUACCUGGUCUACUAUGUGAGACACAAUCAGGAAGAUGCCAGGCGCCACCUGGAGUAUCUCAAGUCUCUGCCCAGCAGGCAGGGCAAGUCUGAGGAGUCUUCCACCAUCAGCACUGUGGUAUAGUGCCAGGCCAAGUGCUCAUGACAUGUGGAGGAAGCUUCUCAGGCUGCCAAAAGGUAAUGGCACACUGGACCAUGGGCUACCUGUCUCUAAAGUAUAAAAUUGAUUAAACCUGUUGAAAAACAAAGAAUAAUGGCUUUGUAUCCCUUGAAUCACAGACCACUUACUUCAAGGUACCACUCAGGAUUGAUCAGUACCCUCCCAAAGAACCAGGAAGAACUUCUGACAUAGGAUGCUUUGUGGUCAGUGGAUUGCAAUGUUC